AAAGAAGGAAACCAAAUAGUAAAGAAGCUAGAAAAUUCUUGAGAAGUAGUACUUAAAACGAUGAUGAGGGCAGGAUUAGUUGGUUUCAUGAUGAUGUGCUUAUUGUUCUUGGUAGGUGUUUGGGAUGUGGUUCCGGUAGCGGUGGCGGACACGACGCCGAGCCAGUGUAAGGAGGAGAAGAAGCUUUGGGUUGAUGCCUGCAAGGCUGUUGCUACAGGGAGUAAUCCCUCUCCAUACUGCUGCCAACGCGUUAGGGUUACUCAUGUUGAGUGUGUCUGCCCCUAUGUUACUCCCAAGAUUGCCAAUCUCUUCAACAUUCCUCGUGUUAUUAAGCAAAUUGAAGGUUGCGGAAGAACUGUUCCUCACAACUUCAAGUGUGGAAGUAUCACCACUCCAUAAGCGAAGGCAUCCACGGAGAUAUCUUAAGAGAGUAUUUAUAUACAUUAUGCUUGACAAUAAAAUAUGCAUCUCCUUAGCUUUGUGUAUUGGUUACGCACGUAUAAUAAUUCUAGGGGUCAAGGCAAUACAUCCCCCUAUGAUUUUAGUUAAUUAUAAUGAGAUCUCAACUGAGACAUCCGGAUAGACCGGGAUCUAAUGUUUCAUUUCAACAAAAAAAUGCACGUAUGUGGAUGUAUGUUUAGAGAUUGAGAGGAGAUGGAAGAAAGUGAUGUAUGAAUUGAAUUUCCAUAAAUAAGUAAAAUGUAUGUUUUUUAUUU